UCCCGACGUCUCGUUAUCUCCAUUUGAUUACGACUUCCACCUGAUACGCAGUUCUCCUUUGUCAUUUGGUCUGCUCAUUCAACCGCACCUUAAGAUCUUGCAAUUUCCUCUGAAAAGUGGGUAAAAAAGUUGUAAAAACUUUUAAUUUCUCACUCCUUCCCGCAUUCACCAUUUGCCGAAUCUAAAGGGACCACAAAAUGGCGGCAACCCAUCUCGAUGUUGGCCUCAGGUGCAUUAAAUAUCUUCUGUGCGCUGUCAACUCGUUAUUUGUGUUGACAGGAGUAAUGAUAAUAUCCGUUGGAACGACAAUUUAUGCUCUUUACGAUGACUUCAAGGAUUUCCUCGAUCCGACAUAUUUUUCACCUGCAACACUUCUCAUUGUUGUUGGUGCAUUAGUUUUUUUAAUUGCAUUUUUCGGCUGCUGUGGAGCUGUCAAGGAGAGCACCUGUAUGGUUUUAGUAUUUGCAGUUUCACUCUCGAUAGUUCUCGUUCUGGAAGUAGCAGCAGCAAUUUCCGCUUACGCCCUGCAAGAUGGAAUAAAGAAUGCACUUGCAGACAGAAUAAAUGCAACGAUGUACAAAUACGGUAGCAAUGCUGACGCGACAUAUGCAAUUGAUUUCCUGCAGUCGAGGUUGAAGUGCUGUGGAAUUUAUGGAGAAGAAGAUUGGAGUAAUGUCGGACACACAACGAGCAAUGGAUAUCCGUUUCCAGAAUCUUGCUGUGCUUGGUCCAGAGUCAUUGAUAUUAGUCAGACAGAGUGUGGAAUUUAUCAGGAUGGAUGCAUUGGUAGAAUGGUGAUGAUUGUCGAGAGAAGUGCUCUCAAUCUGGGCACUGGGGCCAUUGCUAUUGCCUUAAUUCAGUUCACUGGGAUAAUGUUCGCCUGUACUUUGGGUCGUGCAAUUCGGCGUCAGAAAACCGAAAGAGAGAGAAGAAAGUGGCAAUUGCGUCAGAGUUUAGUGGAUGGUUACCAGCCCUUGGGUAAGAACGAUCCCCUCACGACUUUUCCUGUGGUCUACAUGCAGCCCUCAGAGCCCCUGAAGACUUCCCUAGUCAGUUAAUUAACAAAUCAUUUUGAAAUUAUUCCGUUACACUUGAAUACCUUCAAUUAUCUCGUUAAUUAUUAAUUUUAGAAGGAAAUACUUUGCUGUAACAUAAAUCGUUAAAAUUUUCCGUCUAAAGGUCUUGCCAUUUCUUUUCUUCUAGAUUAAAUUGUUUUCGAAAUAUUUGAAGAAUUUAAUUUUGCUAGAGAAAAACUCGGUUUUCCUCAAUAUUCGCAUUUCAUAA